CUGUUUCGACCAAAGGGCAUUGUUGGGUUUCACGACAAAUUUAGGCCUGGAAAGGUGGUAGCCACACUGGUUGCUGCAUUUUUGUCGGUAGCGCACUCUUCGCUUUCUUUAGAGUCUCGCUGUCAUCCUCGGAGGUUUUAGUUAGAUUUUUAAGCUGAGGCACACUGCAAGAUGUAUCGAUGACCACCUACGUAAACAUGCAGCUCCACUAGAAGGAUCCCCCUACAGUCGUCUCACCACUGUCAGAGUGCCCUGGAGCAUGUCUGGCCAGCCAAGCCCACAGACCCUGCUGGCUCAGAUAUCGGCCAGUGUGCUAGUCAAGAAUGAAGGCCAAGAUGAUGGUGAAAUUCUGGUUCACGAAGUGGCGCCUGAUGAUGUGAUUCCCGGUGAAGUGGUACCUGAUGAGGCCCUUGAAGUGGCUGCAGAGGUGAUGGAAGCCGCAUCAAGUGAGCUGGAAGCAACCGAUGCUGUCGAGACCAUCUUGGUGCCCGACGAGGACAUGGAGGAAGUUGAGUUUCAUGGCACGGUGGUGCAGGCGGUCGAAGAAGUGCAGCAGGACAUCACAGCGGCAGAGGUGAUGGCUUCUGCAGGAGUGACUGUGGACGACGCCACCGUCCUUUGUAAGGUGGAGCCCUGUGAGAAGAGCAGCGAGAUCUGGGUGCUUGGUGACAUCAUAACAGUGGAUGAGCAGGCACACUGCAUCCUGGCCGAGCACGUUGCAGCCGGUGCCAGCAGCACGGACACUGAGGCCCUGCUGGGGGGCCCCAAGCAUGCCUGCGUCGACUGUGGCAAGGAGUUCACGACGGUGUUCCACCUCCGCCGGCACCGGCGCAUUCACACUGGCGAGCGGCCCUACCCGUGCAAGGUGUGUGGGCAGUGCUUCCGGCACAGCACCUCGCUCAAGGUGCACAUGCGCCGGCACACUGGGGAGGAGCCCUUCCAGUGCACUGUCUGCUCGAAGACCUUCAAGGAUCCAGCCAACUUCAAGGUGCAUCAAAACUCCCACUCCAAGGAGCGGCCCUAUGCCUGCCGUGUCUGUGAGAAGCGGUUCAACGCAGCCUCUACAUUGUAUGCUCACAUGAAGAUCCACACGGGAGAGCGGCCCUACACGUGCACCAUCUGCAACCGCUCCUUCACGUUCAACAACACACUGGUGCGGCACAUUCGCACCCACACGGGUGAAAAGCCAUACAAAUGUGAACUUUGCCCACUGCGCUUUUCCACUGCUUCCAACUUGUCUUCGCAUCGUAAGAAGCACUCGCAGGAGCGACAGUUUCACUGCGAGAUCUGCCCGCAGGAGUUCUCUACAGCAACGGCGCUGGCCUCCCACGUCAAGACCCACACGGGUGAGCAUGCACACCAGUGUGAGGUGUGCUCCCGGGGAUUUGCCAAGUUUGCUGGCCUGCAGGCGCACAUGCGCAAGCACACUGGAGAGCGGGCCUUCUACUGUGCUGAGUGCGGCAAGGGGUUCACGCGCAAGCUGCACCUCAAGCAGCACGUGGCCUCGGAGCACGAGCCAGUGCGACCUGUGGCAACGUGUGAGGUGUGUCAGCGUGACUUUGUCAAUGUGGAGUCCCUCCAGGUGCACAUGAAGACACACAAUGUGUCCAGGGGGACGAGUGCAAUUGUCGUGUACAUCAACAAAAAGUGAGCCCGCCUGGCUGGCUAACAAGUGUGACUGUUAAACAUUGUAGUUCUGUUGUGCCCUCUGGGAGUGAUUGCUUUCUACGCUGAAUUGUGCAGCCUUUUUGAGAAUAAAUGUUGAAGGAGUUGCCUGCUACAGGCAUGCUCUGUUUGCAUGCACACAUUGCCUUACUGUGGCCGUUUAUGGGGAAAAAUUGUGACAAGUGUAGUAGCUUAGCACACAGUGUCUGGUAGCAGAAAUGCAAUACGAGACCGGUUGGAGAAACACAGUACUGGGUGUUUAGACGACACAGACUUUAAAAAGAUUCCCUGUGGUAGAUAGCAUAGUUCUAGUCAUUGAGCUGAAUUACUCAUAUAGGCAGACAUUAUGCGGACAAGUAAUCAAAAUUCAUAUUCAACUAAUCAAAAACAUCACAAAUUACCUUAAUUAAUUGCUCAAUGUUACAUAUUGCAAUUUAGAAUUUAGCCGGUGAGUCUGUAAUAUACAUUUGGAAAAAAUUUUCAGGACAUCAGUUUUAGAGGUAUUCAAUUCCAAAGUGUGCAACAAGAUAUGUGGGUGUUCCAGUGAGUUUAGUGCUUCAAUGCAUAAGACAGUUUGUUAAAAAAAAACAUGUAUAUAAACCAUGUGUAUAAACGUGUUCAUGAAAGGAUUAAAGGGUUCGUAAUUUGUG